CCGAGGCCGGGGCUCUGUGCAGUGAGUCGAAUUGAAGCCAUCGCCAGCAUCAGCGUGCACUCUUGCCUUUUCGCUGUUGACGCUCAAUCGCCUGCGACGGCCUCCUUGGAAUCAUCAAUUCCAUUCCAAGGCUACAGCUAUCGAUCAUGACUGCACUUCGGAGAGCCAUCGCUUUCAAUGCCUCCGCCCUUGCGGUGCGGCAGGCUCGAACCUCAAUCACACGCUCACGAUUGCUGUUGGCAUCUGGCGCCCAGUUCCGUAACUACACUUUAUCCAGUCCCCGACGGCAACAGGCCUUCCAGUCGCAAAUCGAUAGCACUCCCAGAUCAUCUGUCCUCCAGUCCUCUCUGGGCGCCGCCCCGGCCAAUCCACAGACACUUACCGAGAAGAUUGUGCAACUUCACGCAGAUGGCCUUCUCGAAGGGAAAAAAGUCAGGGCUGGAGAUUAUAUCACGUUGCGGCCUCAUAAGAGCAUGACACACGACAAUUCUUGGCCUGUGAUUACCAAGUAUAUGGAAAUGGGUGCCACCUCGGUCAAGGAUAAUCGCCAGGUCGUCAUGACGCUUGAUCACGACGUGCAGAACACCUCUGAACAAAAUCUACGCAAAUACCGCCUGAUCGAAGAGUUUGCCAACACACAUGGCAUCGACUUUUAUCCCGCAAAACACGGUAUUGGGCACCAAAUUAUGAUUGAAGAAGGCUAUGCCUGGCCAGGAACCGUCAGUGUUGCUAGUGAUAGUCACUCGAACAUGUACGGUGGUGUAGGAUGUCUUGGCACAGCCAUCGUCCGCUCAGACGCUGCCAGUGUCCUGGCAACCUCGACGGUGUUCUGGCAGAUUCCCCCAACUGUGAAGAUAACUUUCACGGGUGUCCUGCCUCCGGGAGUCACAGGCAAAGACACGAUUAUAGCCCUAUGCGGUUUGCUUAAUAAAGAUGACGUGCUCAACAUGUGCGUCGAGUUCACUGGGUCUGAGCAGACGCUGGCAAGCAUUCCGAUUUCCGAACGCUUGACAAUCGCCAACAUGACUACUGAAUGGGGAGCGCUAUCAGGACUAUUCCCUGUUGAUGACAAGCUCAUCUCAUGGUACCGCGCCAGGGCAACACUCGCAGCCAUGUCUAACAGUCCUACCAAGGACCGGAUCAAUCACGAGCGGAUUGAUAAGCUCUUGGAGAACCCUAUGGUUGCUGAUCCGGGUGCUAAAUAUGCCAAGGAAUUCUAUUUCAACCUAUCCACCCUCUCGCCCUUUGUUGCUGGUCCCAACUCUGUCAAGGUUGCCAACCCUGUUAAGAAUCUCGAGGCUCAGGAUAUAGCUGUAGACAAGGCGUAUCUUCUGAGUUGCACCAACGGUCGAAGUGAGGAUUUCGCUGCUGCUGCUCGUGUAUUCAGGGAGGCUGGUAAGGACGGCAAGCCUGCCAAGGUUCAUCCUCGCGUCAAGUUCUAUCUUGCGCCUGCAUCUGUGGCUGAACAGAAGAUGGCGGAAGAUGCGGGAGACUGGCAGAUUCUCGAACAAUCUGGGGCCCAGCUACUCCCGGCUGGGUGUGGUCCUUGCAUAGGCCUAGGCACCGGCUUACUUGAGGAAGGCCAAGUGGGCAUUUCCGCGAGCAACAGAAACUAUAAAGGGCGCAUGGGAAGUCCCAAGGCGCUGUGUUAUCUCGCCAGCCCCGAGGUCGUCGCAGCCAGUGCUAUUCAGGGUAAGAUUGCCAGCCCUGGCUGGUACCAAAAGCCCGAGGGCGUGGAGAAAGUAGUCUUUGGUGAGGGCAGCGGUGACUUUGCUGCCGACAAAGCUCGCGCCGUUGGAGAUGCCUUUGACAAGAUCCUUGGUGAGAUGGAGAGCUUGAUUGGCGCUGCUGAAGGCGCUGCUGAAGGCGCUGCUGAAGGCGCUGCUGAAGGCGCUGCUGAAGGCGCUGCUGAAGGCGCUGCUGAAGAAUCGGCAAGCUUAGCGGCUACUGAAGAAGAGACGUUGACUACUGUCGUCCCGGGCUUCCCCGAGAAGAUUGAAGGCGAAAUUGUUUUCUGUGAUAAUGACAACAUCAACACUGAUGGCAUCUACCCCGGGAAAUACACCUACCAGGAUGGCUUGACCCCAGAGCAAAUGGCCAAGGUGUGCAUGGAGAACUACGAUACCGAGUUUGGCAACAUUAUUAAGCCAAAUGAUGUUCUUGUCACCGGAUUUAACUUUGGCUGUGGAAGCUCCCGAGAGCAAGCAGCAACAUCUAUCCUAGCCAAGCAGAUUCCUCUCGUGGUUGCAGGUAGCUUCGGAAACAUUUUCAGCCGCAAUAGCAUCAACAACGCUCUUCUUGGAAUUGAAAUCCCGAAGCUGAUUGAGAGGCUCCGUGAAGCGUACAAGGAUGACGCGGCGAAGCCCCUGACUCGCCGUACGGGCUGGAAGCUGCUGUGGGACGUCCGCCGAUCCAAAGUCACCAUUACGGAGCAAGAUGGCUCCUCCUGGGAGCAAAAAGUUGGAGAGAUGCCUCCUAGCGUUCAGGAAAUCGUUGCCAAGGGAGGUGUGGUGAAGUGGGUGCAGUCAAAGAUGCAGGCUUAAAGUGUGUGGCUGGUGUUGAGGAGAGUUAUGUGUAGUUUAUAUCCCUGUGUAUUAUUUCAUGUUGACGGAUAAAAACGGCGCUUGGCAUUUUCAUGACGACGUUUGGCUAGAUAUGUAGUUUGCAUACCAGAUACCUAAAGAUGCAGAACGGCAUGUAGGUAGAAACAUGUACUUGCAUAUAGAGCGAACAGUUCAUGCAGUAGAUUAUCCAUG